AUGGCGAAUCCACGAUACUCCGAUCGGUCAUCGGCUCCAGCAUGGACCACACAUGAAAGUCAUGCAUCAAUCGAACGCAUUGCUUGGACAGAUGAUGACGAUAAUGCUGGAAUUAACCAAAAGAAGACAUUUUUUGCGUGGUAUUGGUGUUUCAAAUGCUGUAUUAUUGGAUCAUUACUAGCUGGAAUAGGUUUAGCUGUUGUACUCACAUUCUGGUUGACAUCGAAAACAACAGCAACAGAAACAUUAAUCUCGACAACAUCCACACCGACAUCAACAACAUCAACAUCGACAACAUCGACAACGUCAACAAUAUCAACCUCAACAGCUACUACCACCACCGGUACGCCUUGUGCUUGUAAUUAUUGUGGUUAUUAUGGUUAUUACUAUCUUAGUGGUAUUUAUUAUGGUUGUACUAUAACUACUUAUAGUAAUAGUACUUCUUGUUAUUAUAAUGGUAUUCCCUAUUCUUAUACUGGUUAUUGUGCUCUUGGUCUUUGUGGUCAUAUUUAUAAUAGUGCCUAUGGUUAUUAUUAUUGUACUUGA